AUGAUGCGGAUGAACUACCUUGUUGCGUUACUGAUGGUGCGCGGCGGCGAGGCAUUUGUCACGGGAGCGCCAAGGGCAGUAUCGGUGAGACGGCACCUGGGCGUCGACGAGGGCCUCGACAUCGGCGUCGCGCCGCUGGUCCUCGCCUUCGCCGGAGUCCUCGCCGCGGCGGGCAAGUUGCAAGCGGACGCGAUGAGCGGCGACCAGGGCCUGGCCGCCUUCUUGCGGGACGGCGACGGCUACAACAAGUCGGGCUACAAACCGCAAAAGCCGAAUCGCGACGCCGACGCGGCGACCGCCGAGCGCUUGCGCCGCGACCUCGUCCGCGCGGCGGAGGCCGGCGACGCGCGAACGGCCACCGCGCUCGAGCGCGAGCUGACCGCGUUCCUCGACGCGCGGGGGCUGUCGUAUGAAGAUACUUAG